AUGCCGCGCGCAGCUUACAAGUCGAAACCAUCGCUCGCAAUCAAAUUGGAAGGGAACCGGUUGGCAUACUAUCCGGGAGAUGUAAUCAUUGGAUGUGUACACAGAACCUCGUCACUGCCCUGCGCAGAUCCCACUGAGGAUGGGAGCCCGGUAUAUGGAUGGAAUUUCGCACUCACUAUCCCCAAGACCGUCGAUGAAAAAGCGUAUGGGAAGAAAACCUCAUUCAUACCGUUCCCUCAGGACGUGGCGGAUAGCUGUAUUCUACCUGCCAGCUUUACUGGGGUUACAGAGACUGGUGGCCAUGAAGCAUAUGUUGAGUACUUUCUCCAAGCCGACUUACCGGUUCAAGGUAAGGCACUCGCAGCACACGAGGCCAUUCUUCCGAUCAAGAUCGUAUCUAGCUUGGAGCAGCCGGUACUUAUGGAUCAUCUGCUUCAAGAGCAGCACCACCAGCUCCAAGUCAACUCGGAACGACUCAUACCCGGGAUGGAGAAUCACCGGCCUUCAUUCUCUGAAAGGCUGAAAAAGACAUUUGCCCCAAAAUCAGAUUGCAGGCUCUCUUUUCAACUCGAUGUCCAGGUUCCCAGCGUCAUCCAGCUGCAAUCUGAAGUCCCGAUUCCCUUACUAGUAUCAGCCGCGCCGCUAUGGGAUAAGACGGAUGGCAUUAUUCGCAACGUCCCACAGAAGAUCCUGAUAGUUGGAUUGAAUGUCAUGCUGCACUCCGUGACCCAGAUCAAGUGCGAGCGUGACCAACUCGGCGAAUGGGUGAACAGCAUUCCAUUGGCUCAUCGCCUUCCACUCAAUCAUCCGCUAGAAAUCCAAUGCACUGGGGAGGGAGAGCAUCCCGUCGACAUUGGCACGGAUGUGAACUUGCGGAUCCUCAAGAAGAAGCCCUAUGAGGUGACGGUGUUUGAAAUCGAGCCUGAUUAUCUCGUGUGGAAUUUUCGCCAUUCGCACAGGAUUGAGUAUGAAUUGAGAUGUAUGGUUGGGGGCAAAGCAGUCGCAGCUACUGGCGAGCAGACCUUGCAAAUCUUGCCACCAAGCAACAUUUUGAGAUUUUAA